GACAGCAGGCCAAGACGCUUUCAUUGCGUUUACAGUGAACAAGAAGUUCAUAAACACGUCGAUGUAUUGGUGUUUUGAUCGGUGUAUUGUCUCAUACGGAAACCAACGUUAGACACGAUAUUCUGGUAUACCUGUCAAUCAUAAAGAGUAGCGAGAAACAGCUAUCUGGUACCUUGGGGACGUUGUUUUUCUUGUGUUGUCAAGGUAUUUUCAGGCUUGUCACUCUCAUUGUCUACACUAUGAAAGCCUGUUACGUCUUGGUCAGCAUUCUGAUCAGCUGCCAAAUUCUCACUAAUGUCAACUCCAAGAAGACUGGUGACAAGUGUAAGGUUCAGCGAAUAUAUAAUGACGUAACUAUACUKGGGGGACUGAAGGCAGGAUUGUACAUUCCUUACGAAGGACCUGAAGGACUUGGCGACAUGACAGCUACGAAAUGUACAGUUUACUGUUGCAAGAAGAAAAACGUUGUGGAUAUGGUUUUUCUCAUCAACAAGUAUUGUUAUUGUAUUAGUUGUUAUUCAGCUGAACUGUGUAAACCAGUACCCAUCAAGCCACCGAGGGGAUUUUCUCCUGUCGUCAUUAUCCUCAACAAAGACGUCUUGCUUCGUUCCACGCUUCUGCCAACUACUGCGAUAACAACAGCACAGUUUACAGAUCAUUUCACGACGGUUUUACCAUCAGCGACCAGCCAUGUAUGGCAUGAAUCGACAAGAAUCAGACGAACGACUCGGAAACAAGACGGAGGGCGGCAAACUGACAAUUCUAAAGCGAGUCUUGCUGUCAAGAACGUCUAUCUUCCUUCUUCACCGAGAGGUGACAGAGAUGUACUUUCUUCAGGAAAAGGACAAGAUAAUCUAACUAAACUUCCUCCUUUCACGAGACCAAAAAUCGUUACUCUUCCAGCGACGCCAGUGCCAACAACGCUAAGAAAAACACUUGCUCCAACCAGGCUUGCUGAAAAAAGCUUAACAGUUGAGGGAACAGGAAAUGACGACAUCACGCUUCAGUGUAAGGGUACCAUGGCCGUGACAAGRGUACACGCCUUUGGUAUCCCAGGAGACCAGAAAGCUGUCUCGGCCUUCAACAAUUACUGCAAGGCGAACAUGAAGAAAUUAGACGGCACUAACAUCUGUAUAGUUAGUCUAAAACGAGUUUAUAAAUCUCAGUAUCCUCCUUUCAUCAAGACUAAAAUUACUUAUAACUGCAAGUAUGUCACGCGUGAGCCAGCGUGACAAUGUGAYUGCGUGACGARAGCAAGGUAUUGUAAKUGUCAGGAAGAGGGCCGGAGACCUAAAGAGACUUAAAGUUGUCAAAGUGUAGAGUAUAUUUAUAUCAAAACAUCAUAAAAUAAUAAGCAAUUCUAAGAAUAGACCAGAAUCAA